AUGGAUGUGAUAGACGAUGCAAUGAGGGCCAAUUCAGAGUCCGAAUCGGUGAUACUGAACAUUCUUAUCUGGACUGCAGCGUUAUUGGGAGGUCAGGCGCAGGAAAGACCACGAAUGGGGCGGUAUUGCUUUUUCCAAGAGGAACCAUCAUUUCUCGAAAACCCCGUUGGGAGCUACAACCUCUUUCUCCGCUUCACUGAGUUCUUGCUGAGUGAAGCGUGCGAGCGCGUCAGUGGCAUUGUUUACGUUCUUAGCCAUGAGCAGGAGACUAUACGUCAGCAACAGCUGCCUGCGACAAUACGUUACUCGGCACUCAAAUCUCACCUUAAAUUUGCAAAAAGUUUCAUAGGUGCCAGGUCUCCAAAUUCUGCGAUCUUGGCCAAAAAUCGCUUGCCUAUAGGACCUCAGGCGGCGGCAAUGUCACAAGCAAUGGAUUCGACAUGGCGAGAGUUCUUCGGCAACCAGUCCCUAGGCACGAAAGAAGACCAUUCUGACGAAGUUGUUGAAGCUAUUGUUAAUUCCAUGUACGGAAGAGCCAGGAGACAGCUACGCGACACGGAGUUGGGACGACUCUUUACGAAGCAACUUGAUGAAUGGAUCGAUGAGGCCGAAAAGGAGAAGAAGAGGAUUAAGAAGGCAGGUGGAGAUCUUUCUGACAUCAAAAGCAAAAUCAAGCUGUUAGAGAAAGAUCGGAAGGCUUGGAAAAAACUGAAGUGCCCGGACUACAGUUAA